CCUGUCAAACAAUUACAAAGAUUUGCAUAAAGAUGUAUUCAGGCUAAGUGCUGGUUCAAUUGGAAGAAAGACCCAUUAGGACCGAGACAGAAGAAGCAAAGGUUCAUUCAAUCGUAGGGCGAUAAAACAAAUUACAAUGGCGAGACAAAAUUUCUCUAAUGAAACAGACGAUGACUAUGAAGAGGAUUUUGCAGGAGUUUUUGAUGCACGUUAUCACAUUCCUCCAAUUGCUGUCGCCAUUGUCAUCAUUGGAUUAAAUGGAUUGGUUUUGUACCUGGUAAAGACACGACCCAACCUCCAAUCAAGCAUGAACUUUUUGCUAUGUAGCCUGGCCCUGUCAGAUCUAUUGACAGGGUCACUGAGCAUACCACUUCACGUUGGCUGUGAUGUCACCUGGAAAACCAAGAUUUGUGUGGCUUCGCAGCUGUUUAUGAGAUUUACAUCAGUUUCCACGGUGAUGCACCUUCUUGCCAUUACAAUGGACCGCUACCUAGGCAUCAAACACGCACUUCGUUACAACGCUCUGGUCACAAAGUACAGAGUAAUUGUAACUUCAGUCUUAAUAUGGAGUUCUUCAAUAUUUUCAUCGCUGAUACAGCUUGCUUGGAUUAACUACGGACGCGAUGACGUCGAUGAAGAAGACGAAGACCUUACUAAGCAUGAGAUCCGUUACGACGUCACUAAUCUUGUACUUUAUGUUGCGAUUCCAUUCGUGGUCAUGACCAUCGUGUAUAUCAACAUCUUUAUUGAAAUAUUGCGUCAAUACCGCAAUAUCAAACAAUAUAAUUCUCCCGGAUGGACUGAGACAAAGAAAAGGACUCACCACGAAUGGAAGGCAGUAGCUAUUUUCUCCAUCAUGUUGUUAGUCUUCAUCAUUUGUUGGCUGCCAUUUUUUACCACUCGAUUGCAGCACAACUUGGGAAAGAAGUUAUUUGAACUUCCACUCUCGUCAGAGUACAUUUUCGUAUAUCUGAGGUUUUUCACGUCUUUUUUCAAUCCUUGUAUGUAUAUUUUUGGUAAAAGAGACUUUCGCCAGGCUCUAAGUCUCUCAAGGAGGGGUUUGUUUACGCGGUUUCACUCCUCCUCGUAUCAUUCAUCUCUGAAGACAACUAUGGUGUAGAUGGGCUCAUAAAACAUCCCAUACUGAUAUCAUUGUGAUGCGAAAUCAUUCUAUUUCCGAUGGUAGAAAGUUGCAAAAACUAAAUACGGGAAAGACUGAUUUGGAAAGCUUACUGUGUUCACUUUGAAACCUUGGCACAAUUUCCCACAUUUUUCAAGUUCCGUCCUCCUGAGAAAUGGGUGAGCACAGGUUCAUUUCCCGAACAGCAGCUGGUAAUCGAGCCUAUUUAUGACCAAAAGCAAUCAACCAGUUUCUAACAUUCUCUGAAUUUAUUCCCUUUUUGUCAAAUAGAAACGGCUCGUUGGACCAGAGAUGGAAUCAUUAGAAAGUAAAGGAGAUAUAAAUAUCAGAAAAUUGUGCAUUCUAUUGGUGGGUUUCCUCUUUCUAACAAACAUUUUCGAUAACCAACGUUACCGCUGACUGAUUUACUUUUCACAGAAAUGAUUAAAAAUUAAUUUCUCUCACAAUUCCAAUGCAUUAGCCAGUGAAAAAAAAAUUAGCCAGUAGGUUAGGAAACCAGAGAGAUGUUUUUUCGUCAGAGGUUUCGGAGCGAUCACGCACAACGUUCAACGUUCAAAUGGGAACCUCCCACCAACCUAUCCAUUCAGAAUUAGUGAUACAAACAAACAAACAAACAGAUAAAGUAUAAGUGAGGCUAAGGAGUCUCCAACACACGUUAUAGCAUUGUUGUUGUUUACCUUGAGUUUUUGUUUUAUUGUUUCCAAGUUCAGUAUCUCCACUCCUCCUUGUAUAUGGAGAACAUGUUUGCCCCCCAUAUGCACCAUAUCUGAGCUACGUAGUUAUAACGUAACAUAAGCCCAGUUAGCACUGUGCUGAGACAGUAAUCAAGGUUGUGAUAAAUUAUUUAUGUAUUUUUAUUAUCACCGUGUGAUUCCAGUUGUUAAGUACUCUUAUGGAGUAGUUCUUGGCUGGUAUGAUGUGUGCUUUGUCUAAAACGAGACUAAGAGUGUAGUGUUUAGAGUGCUUGCCAGAAAAUUCUUAAAGGUAAGAAAAAAAAAACAAAAAAAAAAAAAAAAACGCAAAACCCAAAACCGUCGCUUCGUAUCAGCCACGAACUGAU